CCCGGCUGUGUCAGUGCGUGGCAUAGUUGGUCCUACAAGUUGGAGCGAUGAGUGCCCCUAGGCCUCCAGGCAGCGGCAUGUAUGAUAGGCCAAUUUGUCGAUAAUGGAGGGGCCGCCACCACCGCCACUGGCACUCGCGUAACGCUACAGCUCUGCGCAAAUGAACGGCCAGUCACGGCGAGGCUGUCGUUACGUGAUGAGUGAGCUGUCAGGGCGAGUUGCGACAGGUCUGGUAGGCGUCGGACACAUGUUGGACGCCUGCAAGAGUAGGUGAGGCUUUUAGUCUAUUCUCAGCUGUGGGCGCGAGUGGUGCCUGGCUCUCGCUCCCGGCGGCGCUCCUCACACGCCUGCUCGCCUUCCUCGCUCGCUGGUGGGGUUCGAGGGACAGGACGCGCUGUGAUGCACUGUGUGGCCUUUCCUUGCCUGUGUGGGGCCGCAAGCCUCUGAGAACCGUCCGUCCGACUUUGUGGUGGUGUUGAAGCAGGAUUUACUCGGCGGUGCAGCACCAGGGCGGCUCAGAGCAAGACACCGACUCUGUAGAGGCGCACACGCCCUGCAGAUUUUGUGACUUGAAGGGAGAGGAGGGACAAGGGGUCGAUUAAGUGGUGGCGGGGUGACCUCACCUCAGACCUCGGCACCAGGAUGGGGUGUCACAUCACCAAGAACAAGAGCAAGGAGGAUGACCUUCCUGAACCUCCCGAGCCACCGCCGCCUGACCCUCGUCUGCCCCUCACGGCACGGCAGAGGUUCAACAUCAUCAAGUCAUGGAAGGGCAUCUCCAGAGCCAUCGAGCCAACGGGAGUCUACAUGUUCGUCAAGCUGUUCGAGAACCAUUCUGAGCUGAUCACGCUGUUCACCAAGUUUCGGCAGCUACGGACGCGGGACGAGCAGGCCGAGUCCCUGGAGCUGGCCGAGCACGCUACCAUGGUCAUGAACUCCAUCGACGAGGGCAUCAAGGCCAUGGACAACGUGGAUUUCUUCUUCGGCCUCCUCCACCAGAUCGGCGCCUCCCAUCGCAAGAUCCCGGGCUUCAAAAAGGAGUAUUUCUGGAAAAUCGAGCACCCGUUCCUGGAGGCGGUGCGGCUCACGCUGGGUGAUCGCUACACCGACAACAUGGACAACAUCUACAGGAUCACCAUCAAGUUCCUCAUCGAGACGGUGGUGCGCGGCUACGAACUGGCUGAGUCGAAGGAGCCCAACGACAACGAGAAGAAGGCGAUCAACUCGGAGGAAGGGAACAGCAGCUCCAAGAUGGACAAAGGGUCUUGAGAGCGGCCGGCAGGGGGAGGAAGCCAGCCGGAGGUCAUUACUACACUGCCGCCUGACCAACAACACAAACACCACCAACAACAACACAGCGCACAUUCGGUUCUCGUGACAUGUAGAGUUACGGCUCAACCCACCCGAUGCAGCGUGACCCUGGCGGGACUGUGAGGCAGUGCAGUGCUGAGCCUUCUGCACGAGGCGUCUUGGUGUACUAGUGAUCAAGUAGUGUAGCUUUGUAACUGUUUGUAACGUCGGCCAAGAACGGUCAGGCGCUCGAUACCCAGGCGGAGCUGCCGCAGCACUGUCUGGGGUCGGGCGCCUGACACACGCACGCAGAUAAACGUAUAAUGUUAGGUACUUGCUGGAAAACCUUAAUUUUUAAGUAAACUGUCUGAGCUGAGAAUACGAAGUUUUUAUUGUGUUGUUCUCUUAUAUAUAUAUAUAUAUAUAUAUAUAUAUAUAUAUAUAUAUAUAUAUAUAUAUAUAUAUAUAUAUAUAUAUAUAUAUAAUAGGAACAUGAUAUUUAUCGAGAAAGCUUAUUUUCGUAUAGAAAUAUGAAAGAGGACGGUGAGUUAGUCGCUCCUGGCCGCUGUAAUUCGUAUUUCAUGAACAUCGAUGUCAGUGUCGCUAACAUACCAAUAGGAUAUCUGUGUUGCAGAUAUUGGAAACGUCCCAUAUAGUUGUGUGUUGUACUUCAUAACGCUGCCACCACCGGCAGCAGGGUGAGGAGAGGGGAGGGAUGGCGCAGCAUGGAGUGGCCGCCGCCGUGCCGCCCACACCACCGCUUCCUUUACUGUGGCCAGCGUGCCACACGCGUCACACGCUCUUGAUGGUCCGCCAAGACUCAGCCUUUUAUUUAUUUAUUUUACAUCUUCAUUCCUGCAGUGACUUUGUGUUUGAUGACUAUGUGUGUGUGUGUGUGUGUGUGUGUGUGUGUGUGUGUGUGUAUCCUCUUGAUCUUGUAUACUCAGGGAAACGAGAAAUUUGUUAAGACAUGUUAAGAGGAGGCUUAUGGUAUUAAAAAUCUAUUACUAAGUGAUGUGUAGCAUUUGGAUACACACAUCAACUUUUGUUCAGAAUCAUUAAGUUGCACUGUGAAUCGUUAGACAGUUCGUUGUCAUCACCGGCAAAACAUACGUAGCAGUAGUAAGGAGCAGAUGAAGGAGCAUUUCACCAACAACUCGGAACAAGAAUGCGUAUACCAUUGAAUUUCAUAUCCAUUGUGACCAGAACGAAAAAUAAUCUUUCACGCUAUGCAGGCUUGUUUGAUUUAAUUGGGAGGCAUAUACCAGUAUUCCAGCUUGCGUUUGCAGAUUAAUGGAAUCUACGUUUUUAGAGAACCUUGUUCCUCCGUCAAGGAUGUUUGGGUGUUGCGGCAGCGGUUCAUCUGAUGGUGCUCGUGUGGCGAUAACGGUUUAUAUGAUGAUUACCCGUGAUCAUGUUACUACAGUUGCUCUCAUUAUUCAUUUUCCAGCGGUUUAUGUCCAUGCUUAGUCAUGUAAUAUGUAACAGCCAGGACAGCGGUGCAGGGAGCGCACUUGGGAGGUGGAACGUGAAGGAGAACCACCAACUUAUGCACUAGCCGUACCAAACGGUGCUUAACAUCUCUUGUCAGACAGGAAGUGGUGUGAAAGAAGACAUUCAAGGAAGUUAUAUUUAUUUUAUAAUGUUGGACGUGAAGAAAAUAGAUUUCUGGAAAUUAGGAAGACUACCAUGGCACGAGUCACCAUAACAGCCACUAUGAUAACUUACAACAUAAUCUUUCCAUGAGUAUUUCUAGUAAAGUCUGAUGUUAACUGCCUCUAUGAUCUGUUCAAACUGUCACCAGGAUAGUCCAGACUUUCCACUUCAAGGCAAAAAUCAGGUGUAUGAUAGAGAGAUGCCGUCAGUGUUCACCAGUACCAGUUCUGAGGUGGUGCAGAGGCGCGUUCGUGGUACAGCGCCCUAGCUCGCCGCCCCGAUAGCCCCAAACCUCCUGCUUGGAGAGAGGGGGGAGGGGAGGGCUGUCGGGGGGUGCCAAACAAGCGCCGAGGAAUCUCAUGCAUUAGUGUUACAUUUAAUGUAGGCCAAUAGGGAAAAUAAGAAUGCCACAAUUUGUUCAUAUAUCAACCGCGGAUCAUUGCAAAUCACAGUAUCUCACUCAGUUUUGGUGAGUGUACAAGUCACCUUCACGCUGGUGUCCAGUGUACUGUUGCCGCAGGUAUGGGUACGCCCCACGCCAGGGUGAAGAGCAUCGUCACGUAUUUGGCCUCAUUCUGGCAUUCCUCAAUGUGUUGUAUAUAGUAGCAUAAGGCAGGAGAGUCAUGUACCAAAUCCCAUCCUCAAGUAGCUUAAGUCUCACGAGUGUCAGUCAUGCCCGAGUAGUGUUAGCGUAGCGGUGUGAGAGUGGGUGUGCAUAGUGCGUGGUUAGUGCAAGGCUGCCCUCAGAGGGUGGCGGCGCCCACGCGGUGCCCUAAUAACACUGUAGAAUGAGCCCAACUUGUGCACACGGUUGUUAGGAGACGCGUGUGUGCAAUAAAUGUGCGUGUACCGUGUUAAUUUUCUAGUUAUGUAGAGAAAAUGCAGAAUUGUUGCCAACCAAAAAAAUACACACUGACGGUGGGACGCUGUGACCGAGUUGUACUGAACGAUUUCAAUGACGACCAAGCAAAUAUUAACACCAAGAUCUCAAUGGAAGGGUAACAUGUAUCAAGCAACAACCUCGCGGCGCCCCACCAUCAUACUCUUUAAGAAUUGGUUAUAUUGGUGUCUCUUGAAUAAUAAUAUUUAAAUACAUAUGUGUAGGAUUAAGAGAUGAUCGUGAAAUUCCUCGGCAAACUAUAAAAAACAAAAGGCUUUAUGAUAUUUACCUGCAGUAACUUUGCAAUAUUAGUAAAGGUAAAUGUGUUGUUUCUUAAAGUACUGAUGCAUCUCAACACAUCACCUUGAUUUACAAACAGAAUGGAGACGAAAUCAAUUUUAUAUCUGACAUGACACGACUUAAACUUUACAUCACCACCGCCACCAUCACCACCACCACCACGGGGUAGAUAAAGCAGCAAUUGGCUAUGAAAUGGAAACCGCGUCAUUUCAGAAUUACAACUCUCUUUGUUCUGCAUUUUCUUGAAAGAUGACAUGCGGUACCAGAGUGAUAAUGAAUGGUGAUGGUGGAGACAGUGAGGUAGGAGACGUCACUGCGGAACAUAAGAAGAAGCACAGAGAAAGAAGAAAGAGCGGUAAACAUGUUAGUCUUCAUGAGGCUGUGUGUGAUAAGCUGCCCUGAUAAUAAACAGCCAUUCCAACAACGAUAUAUUAAUUUGUCUUUGCAACUGAGAAGUACAUGUUUGCUCCUAUCUCGCCAUCUUGUCUCAGCUCUGACGUAAAUGAACAGGAAGAAUUUACUUGUAUUAUAUUGAUUUUUUACAUUUUCUCUCUCUCUCUCUCUCUCUCUCUCUCUCUCUCUCUCUCUCUCUCUCUCUCUCUCUCUCUCUCUCUCUCUUGAUUUGUUCUGCUCCACGUGUUCUGUGACGAGAGAACACUUUACUGUUGGUAAGUGUUUGAUUACUGUUGACAUACUGAUGUUGAAUUAUUACAUACUGCUAUGGAGUCAGGAGUAAAUGACUAUCAUACUACGUCAUCCUAAAAGGAACUUAUUUCACCGAGACUGAUGAAGAGGAUUAUGAAUGAUAGUGUGUGUGUGUGUGUGUGUGUGUGUGUGUGUGUGUGUGUGUGUGUGUGUGUGUGUGCGAGCGAGCAUGCGUAUUUCUCUUUUCUGCGUAUAUGCUCUUACAAAACAGGCCCUUCCAACAACAACAACAACAACAUGUCCUUUUUUUUCUUUACUGCUAAACACAUCCAAAGUAGGAAGGUACAAGCCUUGGCUAGGAGUGACCUUUGUUGUGUAUGUUGGAGGCUGUCGGCCGGAUUCUUAAACAGUACCUUCGACGAAGGCUACACAGCAAUGUGGCCUUCUCGGAAGUCAUAUUCGUAAAUGUUGCGCUCCCUUCCUGGCUCCCUUCCUUCUCGAAGGUAACGGAGGUGUUGUGUUGGUAAACCUGUGCAUCUUUCUUGUCCGGGAAAUUAUAAAAUGAUUAUUAAUUCAAUGUGAUUUGAUAUUAUAUGCCACGAAUAUUAUCCCACAUUCAUAUAUUUAUUAUUAAUGCGUUUAGCGAAAUAAACCAUGAGUAUAAUUUGAUGGUGAUUGGUAGCAAUGUUUGUUUACCAUCACCUCAGCUGCUUGACCCACGCAUUCCAGACCAGAGGCGGUCUAACCGUUCCACCACAGGCAACAUGGAAGCGUGGUUUAUUAAGACUUGGUGAGCCAGGGGAAAGUGCUUCUGAAUAAGAGCACAGAUGGGUAUGUAGUGGCCUUCAAAUGGCAGGCCUGGGAGAGAAUCGUCAUCUUUAACUGUACAGGUUAUGGGCCUAUGGUAAGAGGACUGUCCACCAGCUGUCUAUAUAAAUGGGUAUUUAUCAAGCGAUAAAGACACAACUGAUCGUAAGCUAAGGCAGAUUGAGCAAGGACCAGCUGCCUUCACCUAUAUGAAAGAAUCUGUCAGAUAUAUUGUUCUUUAUGGUACUCCAAACAGUUAUAUACUUUGAACAACUGCUGGAUAGAUGAUGAAACAGCUGUUUCAAUGCUUACAUAACUAGAAUUCUGAUAGAAAACUUGGAAGAUGAUGUUGUUCUUGGGUUUGGUUUCAAUCACAAUUUUUGUAAAGUAGGCUAUUUCAACGAUAACCUGUAUAUUUUCAUGUUCUAAAAUCAAUUAGUUUACAAAAAUAAAACUAAUAAUAGUAGGUAUUUAGCAAAGUUUAUGCGAAGGUAAUGACGAAGAUAUGGCGGUUCACCUUUGGGGAGAAGCUAAAUCCGGCCUGAGCGUUGCCUUCCCGAACUGCAGGAAGGCAGCAUUCUCUCUAAAGAUUACAGAUCUCUCCCGGACGGUAUCCUUCAACUGGCGAAGGUGGAAGGCAUUGUUUAAAGGAAUCCGGCCGUGAGCACCAAUGAAUGUCAGAUGUAACAUUUAGGUGUGACUUCAAGGUUGGGCUUAGGCGAGGGGACAACAAAAACUGAUAAGAAAAGAAAAAAAAAACACUAAGAUAGCAAACACCAAAGGAAAUAGUUCAAAUGCAAGUCCCAGAUUACAUAAUACCUCGAGACGUGUUUGACGUAAGAAUAAAUAAAUUAUGUGUAGCUCUAGAAGAUUAGAUAAGAAGAAAAAGAAAGCUCAGUUAGCGUGUAGUAUAGAUCAUACACUAGAGUAUUUACUAGCUGUUUAUGUAAGAUAUUUAUCCCCCAAAGAAGACGUGUAUGUGCUAUUGUAGAUGAUCAGCAGGAAAGUGUCUUCUCUUACCUGGUAACUCUUGAAUCUACUCUACAUUUAACAUCAUGGCUUUUUCCAUCAUUUAUUUAUUAUUAUUUUCAUUAUUAGUGUGUGUGUGUGUGUCUGUGUGUGAGUGUUCAAAUUCUUUACCUGAUAUAAAUAUGAUUACUAAUUGUCCAAGUCUCACGUUGUUUGCCACGUGUUGACUUGGCGAUCGUAGACUCGUAACUCACACACUUCAACCAGUUUAGUUAUUGGCUUCCAAAAUUACCAAUUCGUAUUACCAUUGAAUUAUGUUCUUCCUUAACCUUGAGAAAAAAAGAAAAAUUUAUUAUACGUAAUGUUAAUAUAUGAUCACGAUUUUACCAUAGUUGUCUUACGGAUCCUUUUCAAACUGAAAAUUAGUGUUAUUAUCUUUUUUUUUAUCACGAAAACACUUGCAUCUGUAUUUACCAAGCAAGAAGAUAUUUUGGUCCUUGUUCAUUAGUCUUAUAAUAUGCAUUCCCAUUUCACUUAUUGUCUACAAAAAUAACCUCAAAUGUAUAGCAUUUUUAUUAAUAUUACCAAUUCAUUAUCUUAACAUUAUAAAGUGGACAUAUGUACGUUUUUUUUCAUUUCACAUUUUGCUUGGAAAUCUUAAAAAAUCAGUGAACUUUCCAAUUUAAUGAGUUAAGAUAAAAGCCUGACUUGGGGACAGACAUUCUUAAACGAACCAUCCCUUGAAGAACCUCCUAGUGUAGCACAAUGUAUUCCUUACUCAGAAACUCAUAAGGUGACUAAAUUUGAGUGCAUGGAAGGAGGUUUACUGAUAUCUAGCGCGGUAGCAGUGGUGUGGGCAGCGGUGGCAGAAGCGGCGGCAUAGCUCAAUAGAACACGCAAGAGUAGGCAAGAUAAAAACUAUUAAUAAUGAUAAUAUUGAUACCGUUAUUAUUUCGAUAAUGGGAGUAGGAGCGCAUUCUCAAGCACUUCGUCAUCCAUCUCUUACCUUUAACAGACUGUAGUGGUUACUGGGGUUUUCCAAUUGUAUUUUCAUGAUUCUAUUGAAGAUGAGCAAGGAUUCUGCGUCAUCAAUGGAAAAAUCUCUCUUGGAAACCUCAUUCAUUGUAUCUCUAUGGUCUCUGAAAAUAAUGACGAUGAAGGAACGAAGCGUCUAAGAAUACGAACCAGCGGUAAUGUGUCUUGUGCAAGUGUUAAACCUGAAGCAUGUUGUGUUCAGAAGUACAGCACUUACGACCCUUCUUUGUAAUCUCUCUCUCUCUCUCUCUCUCUCUCUCUCUCUCUCUCUCUCUCUCUCUCUCUCUCUCUCUCUCUCUCUCUCUCUCUUGGCAGUAUACUUAAUUACUACAGUAAGAUCUUUCCUCUUACAUCAUAUUUUUUGAAAGUCUGUUAUUUUGCCAUCGGUAACACAACUCUGUUCUAAUCACAAAAUUGUAAACAGGUUUGGGCUUCAAAUUUGUGUGUUUGUGUGUGUGUGUGUGUGUGUGUGUGUGUGUGUGUGUGUGUGUGUGAGCAAGUAAGUGGCCACGAUAAAGCACUGCCCCGACUUUCCGUGUGCCCCUCGAGAGUGCAAUCUACGUACAGGUUGCCACAUAAAUGAAGUACGUAUAGUAUUGUAAAAAGUAUGUACUACUAUGGAUUAGACUCUUAAUGAAACUGUACUAUAUGCUUAGCUGAUUAUAGUGUCCUAUAUUAGAUCACUUGUGUAGUGUAUGUAAGAAGCCAACAUAUUUUUCUGGAUAUAUCUUGUUUUUACCAAAUGCUACAGGUGAAUAGCAAAUACAUGUAAUGCUCAUACAUGCUAUAUAUUACUGUGCUUGGCUCGCUUUCCUCCGUUAUAUCUAAUUUUUGCCUUUGUUAAGCCGACAGUUAGUCGCACUUUCAAUUUCCUUAGAAAUUAACUAAUGAAACUACGUUUUUGGAUAAUUUUUUUUUUUAAUAUGUAAACUAUAAUUUCUUUCUAAUAUUCUAUCUUGAGUGUUGCCCAAGUUACAUAUGAUUUUGAUAUUUACUUACACAUGUUAUUAUUCUGUUGUAAUGAUCCAAAGCAGUGAGCUUCAGAUUAAGCUUUGCAAAAUAAAUAUGAUCACUGUAGGUGUUACAGAAUGCAUGAUUUUUUUUUCUACCUAGCAAAGCGACAUUUUCUUGGAAUAAAAUACAGUGAUCGUCUUUCCAAAUAAUUAAGAUGGAAAUUAUCAGAUUCAGAACCCCAAUAUAGACUCACUUGUUGGUUUGUCAUUCCCAUCAGCUUGUUGCAUCAGCAGCAUGCUCAGCAAUGCACCAAGGACAUCUGUGCAGCUCCCGGGCCUGAUGGCGUGGGGCAGGAUAGGAACUAGUCUUAUUUCUAGCUGUAAUGAAUGAUGAUGUGUAUAUGGCGUUUGUUGUGUAAGGUCAGUGUAGGGUCUUCAGUCAUUAACGCAUGCUCAGUCUUCUAAUUCUGCCGUGAGUGAGUUGCAGUGUAGACAUGCACGGGCUGAUUGUCUUCAGCAGAGCUGGGCGAGACCUGAAGUUGCCACCUCGUAUAGUAGACGUCUUGGUAAGACGCUGUCUGCAGGUCGGCUUGGGAUCACGAUUUGUCUUCAUUUCUUAUUAUACAUAUGUACUUUACUCAUUAUACUUUACGCAUAAACUGUCAAAGUUUUAAAAUAAAAGAUAUUUGUUACUGUG